AUGUCUAUGCUCCCCGGCCCUAUGGCCAUCACGGCCCCUACAGAGCAGAUCCGUGAGACAGGCAUCCAAUCAGAUGAGAUCCGCAAGAUGUCCAUGAACGGGACCCACCCCGGUGUGCGCCAGCGUUUGUGGGGUCUUGCAGCACGUCUGGAUAAAAGUGUCACCUUCGAGGAAUUUACCUUCUGGGCUAAGGUGGAGCGUGAGAUGGAACGCGAAGAAGCCCGCCGUGAUAAGGCUAUCGGCAAUGGUGGAUUUAUGGACUCCAUCAAGGGCUAUUUUAUCAAGGGCGCGUACGAGGAUGAUAAGACCAGGGCUCCUGAUCACUCUCGCGCGCUGCAGAGUCAAGAGGAAGUCACCCAGUGGAGCAAGGAUGAGAAGUUGCCCGUGGUCACCGAUGAUGAUGGUACCAGCCCGAUCGCACCCAGCGGCACCCACGACUUUGAUGCCGAAUGGCGACAGGCUGCCAGAGCUCUGCGCACUGCCAGUUGGGGAGGAGUUUUCUACCUGAUUACCACCGAUAUUCUUGGUUGGGGACAGACACCCUAUGUCUUUGCCAACACUGGCUACGGUCUUGGUGUCGGUAUUUUCAUUCUCAUGGGUCUCGCUGCUGGUGCCUCUGGAUGGAUGAUCUGGAGAACAUUCUUGGGUCUUGACUCGUCUCGUUUCCCGGUCCAGAGUUUCGGUGAUCCAUUCUUCCGUCUGUACGGACCCACUGCCCGUCAUGUCAUCAACGUGGCCCAGGCCAUUCAGAUGUUCCUCACUGUCGCUGUCGUUCUUCUUGGUCAGACUGGUCUUAUUGCCCAGCUCGCUGCCAGCGUUGAUCUUUGCUACGUCGUUUGCGGAAUCAUCGGCUUGGUUGUGAGUAUGGCUAGUGGCUAUAUGCGAUCUCUUAAGCACCUUGGUUGGUUCUGUAACUCGGCUGUGUGGAUCAACGUCGUUUCUUUCAUCAUUAUCUGCGUUGCUGCGGCCAAAUAUGGCCCUGAUCCAACUGCUGCUGUUGAAAACGGUAUUCUCAACAAGGCAUGGGCAGAUAAUCCUGUUCCAGUCAAGACCUUCGUUGGUACCCCACCAGCAGAAUACCAGCCCACAGAUGCGAACCUGUUUGCUGCCCAAUUCAACGGAAUCAACUCCAUGGUUUAUGCUUACUCAGGAGCUAUGCUGUUCGUUGCCUUCUUGUCUGAGAUGCGCCAGCCAUUGGACUUCUGGAAGGCUGUGUUCCUGGCCCAAGCAUUCAUCACGGUUAUCUACGUCUUCUUCGGUGCCUUCGCCUACUCCUACUACGGACAGUACAGCUAUUCUACCAUCACCCAGACUGUCAAACCACUCAGUCUUCAAAUCCUGAGCAACGUCCUUUCCCUGCUAACCGGUUGGCUCGCCGUCUUCCUGUACUUCAACGUCGGCAUGAAGACUGUCUAUCUUGAAGUCGGCCAGGAAAUCUUCGGCGCCCCUCCAAUCACAACAACCAAGGGCAAAUGGCUAUGGUGGACCCUCGGCCCGGUCUACUGGAUCGUUGCCUUCGUCAUCGCCAUGUCUGUCCCCUAUUUCGGUGCCUUCACCAACUUCGUCGGAGGACUCUUCAGUCUGAACUUCACAUACUCCUUUGCCGGUUUGAUGUACCUCGGCUACGUUAUUCAAGAGGGUGCCAGACUUCCUGGUGAGGGAUUCGACCCCUACACUGGUCAGACCACUCGCUAUGAUAGUGGAUACAAGAGAUGGACCCGUGGAUUCGUGUCAAACUGGUAUUUGACUGUGCCUGCCUUGAUCUUCACUCUUGCUGGUUUUGCCGCUUCUGGUAUGGGUACUUGGGCUGCGAUUCUGGCUCUCGAGUCGGCCUACGGUCCUGGUGGCUCUGUUUUGACCUCUUGGACUUGCACAAACCCUUACGCCUAG